CCGCAAACUCCAAUUCUAUCAACUCCAACCUGCGCCUCUCAAUAUUACUCGAUCCUCACUUGAUCGACUUGAUGUUUCUACCCUCCGCACAACAGAUUACACCUUGGUCUACUACCACAUAAGAGAUCACGUUGGCCCACCUCUCCUAGCACCUCUCCUAGGUACUAUAUCGAGUCUUUGACGGUUAUUCAACUGGUUCUUUAGCCAUCAUGUCCCUCACCACCGUUGAUCGGCUGGACAAGCCUAGCUCAUACUUCACAGCCAGAAAACAGCGUCGAUAUCAAGGGCGACAAGAUGAUGGUGCAGGCGCCGAGAACAAAGAAGAGGAGGACCCAUUGAAAGAUGCCACUACCCUUUACGUGGGCAACCUGUCAUUCUACACAACAGAAGAACAGAUUCAUGAGCUGUUCUCAAAGUGCGGUGAAAUCAAACGCCUUGUCAUGGGCCUAGAUCGGUUCCAAAAGACUCCAUGUGGGUUCUGUUUUGUCGAAUAUUACACCCACCAAGAAGCCCUGGACUGCAUGAAGUAUAUUGGCGGGACGAAACUCGACGAACGUGUCAUUCGCACCGAUUUGGACUCUGGCUUUGUCGAAGGCAGACAGUACGGUCGAGGCAAAUCCGGAGGUCAGGUCAGAGACGAGUACCGAGAUGAAUUUGAUCCUGGCCGCGGUGGUUAUGGUCGAGCCAUUGAUGCAGAACGGAGAAAGGAAGAGGAGGAAUACGGGACCGGUCGAUAGGAAGCACGUGUUUCUAUGUCUAUCACGCCUGAAGUCACUAUCUAUCUGAGUAUGCUGCAUCAACGCUAUUGACGGGGACAAUGCCAUCGCGACCUGGAUCCUAAAACAAACCCUCAUCAUACAGCCAUUCGAUCAGUCGACUCGACCACUCGGUUCAACCACCAGACAUGGAUCCUCGCAUCGGCGGUCAAUUCGGGGUGGAAGCUGGUGCCAAAUACAUUUCCCUGUUGGACUGCGAUGAUAUCACCAACCUCGUCACCAGCACUGACCUCCUCCCCGCCUGUCGAUGCCUUUCUGACCCGACCGGGCAACUUGCCCAUGAUCUCGACAGUAGAACUCAUGGCCAACCGGGCGCGGUCAUCCUUUGCCGACUUUGAAGGUGCCACCACCGUCUCAGCGACCUGUUGUUCGUCCUUUUGGAUUCCAUCCACAUUUGGCAGGAUUUUUUCCACCACCGGCGCUCGGAUGAAGAUGCCUUGAAAUGGCGCCGGGGAUGAUGAUGAACCAUUAGUUUGAUUCGCGGCCUCGUUUAAGAAAGGAAGAUCCAAGUCUGCUUGGAAACUCUCGACCUGUCGACCAAAAUGAUUACGAUUGACUCGCACAUCAAGUCCACCAAUGAGUUCCUGACCUCCCUUUUUGGUCGCGUUUGCUGCCUCGGCAAGGAGAAUGAGACCUGCACAUGUACCCCAGGUCGGUUUUCGAUGGACUCUUGAUUUAAUUAGUUAGUGGUUGGUCGCAAAGCAACAGGGAGAACGACGGGACAUACUUGACAAAUUCUCUAAGUGGUUCCAAUAAACCAGAUUGCGCAGCCACCAAAGACAUGGUCGUGCUCUCGCCACCGGGAAUAAUCAAAGCAUCACAUUUUGAUAAUUGAG